AUGCCUCCCCCUGUGCUUUGUCUCGUCGACUUAAAACACUUCUUCCAAACAAGCCCCGCUCUGGCCGCCGUCGCCGUUGCCCAGGAUCUCUCUAGCCUGGCUCAGUGCGGUCAAACUUGCGCCAACAACAUGAUGGCUGCCUCCAAGGCUCAGGAGCUCGGCUGCACCCCCAACGACCUCAAGUGCCUCUGCGACAACGUCAACUUCGGCUACGGUCUCCGUGACUGCUCUGGUGCCAUCUGCCCCAGUGAGGAUGCCGCCCAGGUUGUCGCCUACGGUAUCGCCGCUUGCAAGAGCGCUGGUGUCACCAUCAACCCCGGUGGCGCUGGUGGUGCUGGUGGCAAUGGCAAUGGCAAUGGUGGUGACGGCGGCUCUGGCUCCGGUUCUUCCUCUGGAUCUGGAUCUGGAUCUGCCACUAGCACUGGCUCUGGUAGCGGCGGCAACGGUGGUGACGGUGCCUCUUCUACUGGCUCUAGCUCUGGCUCCGAGGCUACUGGUACCUCUGGCUCUGGCGUUGGCGGUGCUGGUGGUAACGGCUCCGGCUCCUCCACUGGCUCUGGCUCUGGUUCCGAGUCUACUGGCUCCGAGUCUGGCAAUGGCUCUGGUGCCACCUCCACUGGCUCUGACGGUGCCACUUCCACCGGCACUGGUGCUGGCUCCGAGUCUACCACUGGCUCCGAGUCUGGCGACGGCUCUGGUGCCACCUCCACUGAGGGCUCUGGCGAUGCCACCUCCACUGGCUCCGGCUCCGGCUCUGAGACUACCGCGGCUCCUAGCUCUUCCGAGGGCUCUGGCAACGGAAACGGCGACUCAUCUUCCACCGAGGAUAGCGGCGCUGCUUCCAGCUCCUCUAGCAGCUCCAAGAACUUUGCUGCCCAGGCUACCGCCCCUGCUGGUGUCGUUGCUGCCGCCGCUGGUAUUGCCGCUCUCCUCCUGUAA